CUGGCAGCUCCACCUCCUAACGGACGCGUUCACCCUUCAGGAAAGCCGGUCAUUGAGGUAACUCGAGAAAUUCCAUACUUUCCAGGAGGAGAAGGCCGUCGUUUGACGUUCGCAUGUGAGUUGCUGUCAAAUCCAGGUAUUUUGUUUUGCGACGAACCAACCACCGGAUUGGAUUCAUUUAUGGCCGAGCACGUCGUCGUAGUUCUGUCAAAGCUAGCAAGAAGUGGAAGGACAAUCGUGUGUAGAUACUCAGACGCCCUUACACAGAUUGUUCGCUCUGUUGAUAAGUGA